AUGCCUGAUGUCUGGACGGCGUCGCACAAGUUCACCGCCGAAUCGUGGCUCUUUUGGCUCACCUGGGUCGCGCCUUGCGUCCUUAAAGGCCAUCUACCGACCGAAAACUACAACCGUCACCCGAUUUUCAGUAAAAUAAUCAAGCGGGUGACGUCUCGUGAGCUUACCGAGGCCGACGUGGACGAGCUGGACGUAUGGACAAGGCAAUGGCAUGCGGAAUAUGAACGCCGUCUAUCGGCAUGUCCACUCAUCAUACACCACCUCAUCCACAUGGCCGGCGACACACGCGCUUGCGGACCGUUGGCACGCGUCUGGGAAUUCGUGACCGAGCGCAUCAUGGGACUGGUUGCACGUAGCGUCACCAGUCGACGAUUCCCAUUCUCUCAGCUGGCCAACACCCUCCGAUACACGGAGCAGAUGCGGAUGAUUGCGAUUCGCUAA